CUGCAGUCUCACGCAUGGUUCUAAAAAGCCAAUUCUCUUCUUUAUUCCUUUUCUCUCCCUAUUUAAACCGCACCGUUCACAAAGAAAAGGAGUCGGGGUCGAGGUCGGAGUCGGUGUCGGAGACCUAGACCGACUUUUAAUUUCUCAUGGCGUCUACGGCGAUUACUUCUUUCUUUUCAUAUCUUCUUCUUCUUGUUUUCUUUCUUCUUGGUUCGGUAGAAGAAAGUUUCGGUGCAAAAUAUAGAGUCGGACGAGAGGAACUAGCUCGACAAGAAGCGGACCGAGUCGUGGGGCUGCCGGGACAACCACAGGUGAAAUUCAAGCAAUAUGCUGGGUAUGUCACUGUCAAUGAGAGUCAUGGAAGAGCAUUGUUUUAUUGGUUCUUUGAAGCCAUUGGUAACUCUCAUCAAAAGCCUCUUCUUCUUUGGCUUAAUGGAGGACCCGGAUGCUCGUCAGUCGGGUACGGGGCAGCCGAGGAAUUGGGUCCUUUCUUUCCUCAGAAAGGAGACGAACCGAAGCUCAAGUUCAACCCGCACACGUGGAAUAGAGUGGCGAAUUUAUUGUUCUUGGAAUCACCCGUUGGAGUUGGAUUCUCCUAUACGAACACUAGUAAAGACAUUAGUGAGCUCGGCGACACUGUCACAGCUAAGGAUUCUUACGCAUUUCUAAUCAACUGGUUCCGGCGAUUCCCCCAAUUCAAAUCCCGUGAGUUUUACAUCGCCGGCGAGAGCUACGCAGGCCACUACGUUCCGCAACUUUCAGAGCUCAUUUUCGAGGAGAACAAGAAAAUCUCGAAGAAAAACCGCAUAAACUUCAAAGGCUUCAUGAUCGGAAACGCCUUGCUCGACGACGAAACCGAUCAGCGCGGGAUGAUUGAGUACGCUUGGGAUCACGCUGUAAUCUCCGAUCGAUUGUACGGAGAAAUUGUAAGAAACUGCAAUUUCAGCAAUACGGUUCCAACAAAGGCUUGCGACAUUUCUCUGAGCAAGUAUUUCGAUGUGUACAAUAUCAUCGACAUGUACAGUUUGUACUCUCCGACUUGCGUUGAAACGAAUUCGAGCAGCGGCAGCGGAAGGAGGAAGCAGCGAUUCGCAAUCAACGGCGUUGCGCCUCAGUUAUUCGCCAAAUAUGAAGGAUGGCAUAAGAGGCCGAUAGGAUACGAUCCUUGUUCGCCGGAUUAUACUGACAAAUAUCUGAACAGAGCGGACGUUCAGAAGGCUCUGCACGCCAAUAUCACCAAGAUUCCAUAUCCUUGGACUCAUUGCAACGAUAACAUCACAUUUUGGAAGGAUGCACCAUCUUCAAUACUCCCCGUAAUCAAAAAGCUCGUGGCUGGAGGCCUCCGCAUAUGGGUGUUUAGUGGAGAUACUGAUGGAAGAAUUCCGGUGACCUCAACUAGACUCACUUUGAAUAAACUUGGUUUAAAGACUAAACAGGAUUGGACUCCUUGGUACAGUCGUCAACAGGUUGGUGGGUGGACAAUUGAGUACGAAGGGCUAACGUUUGUUACAGUGAGAGGGGCUGGCCACGAGGUUCCAGCGUUUGCACCAAAGCAAGCCCUUCAGAUGAUUACUCAUUUCAUGGCCAAUCACAAGCUGCCAACUGUCCCUUUUUAGAAAUUUAUUUCCUUUUCCUUUUUACUUAUUUCUUAAAUUUUAUGAGUCACAGUCUUUUGUUUUUAAUUU